UUUUUGGGUUCCAUUCCUCCUGUGCAAGAACUUUGCAGCAGCAAAUGGCAGACCCAGAGAAGAAGCGGCCCCUGAUCACCGCCCGUGAGAGAGGACCUGGUCCUGGUAGAUAUGGUUUACCACCAACCAUCGGCUUCAUCGGCCAUGAUUUCACAAGAGCGACCGGCCCGGCAUACUCCUUUCACAGGAGGAUGAGUAACGCAAUGUACUUUGUGGACUCCAGCCCUGGACCCCAGUAUUACAUUGAUGCCAAAGUGACCCGCUUUGGAAGAGACGGCACCCCAGCGUACUCAAUGCUGGGCAGAACCAGAGAGUCCUCUGCUUUCCAGACCCCAGGACCAGGGGCUUACAGCCCUGAAAAUGCCCCUCCCCUGAACAGACAGCAAAGACCUCCAUCUUACACCAUGGGCUCUCGUACGAGGUACCGCACGACGGACACGGUGCCAGCGCCCAACAAGUACACCCUGCCUGUCCUGCUGGGGUCCAGAGUGCCCACCAAGCCCUCCAGCGCCAGUUACACAGUGUCAGGCCGCACCAAAUCAGGGGGCUACUCGGAGGACCUGUCUCGUACCCCGGGCCCAGGCAGGUACAACAGCACAGACCCCAGCACCUACCUCCCCAGACAGCCGGCGUUUUCUAUGCUGGGCCGCUACAAGCUGCCUUCCGAUGCCACCAAGAAGCCCGGGCCCGGAGCCCACAGCCCGGAGAAGGUCGUGGUCCACAAGCCUCGGCCGCCUGCCUACUCCCUCGGGGUCCGGCAUUCCGAGUUCGUGACCCCACUCGUUAUCGGCAUGUCCGAUUUAGAAAUGCCAAUUUAAAAAGGUUAUAAAAGAUUACUAAUC